GCCUUUCGCGAUAUUCUGACAACCCAUCCCCCUCUCCUUCCCCCCUCGCUUCGCCACCUUUCCCUCUUCUCCCCAGCCUCUCCAUCCCACUCCUCAAUCUCCUCUCCCGACGAGAAGCAUAGUAUCGUGCUAGUCUCGAGCAACCUAAAGCCACCUCUUGAUCUCGACCAUCAGGAUGCCGAUCUGUUUCAAAGUUCGCCUGGUCGCAUACGCCUUCACCCUCCUCCUUUCCCUCUCCGCGCUUUCCCAUGCUGCGCCCUUACCCUUAUCGCCCAGCCUCGAAGCCCUCUUACGUCUGAGCCAUUGGCGAAGGCCUCUUUUCCACAACUCGUCGUCAGAUGCCCUUGCCACUGUCCUGAUCCUUGCAGACUUUAGAGAUGGUGUAGAACAGGAACGCCUGUUGACAUUUCCUCCGCCAAAGCGCGAUGGCAGCACCUCGCCUGAUCGCCUCCGCCUUGAGAAAAGGCGCCCUUGGCUCGAUUUUAUCGGAGGUGAUAUGGGUGAUCUUUACAUGCCCAAGAAGCUCAGGAGCAAGAUGCUCAAGUCCGUCUCCCAAGUACUCCCUCCCCUUCCAGCAAGGAGCCACGCUGAACAGAGCACCAAGGAAGGCGAGCAAGUGUUGAAGAGGAGCACGACAAUGGACACAAGCGGUACGUCGCUCACUUCUCGUUUCUCGAAGUGCGAGUGAGCAUUGCAUUUUUCGAAAGGGUGCCUCCAUGGAGCUGAUAUCACCACGCUUGCAGACCCGGCAAGAAGUGCAGCCAGGCCCGUAGCGAAAACUUG